GCUUUCACCCAGUUUCAGCUCACAUGUGAACACGGAUCGUCAUUCCUGUCCUGUCAACAGGCCCAUAUCCAAGCAAACGGCCAAGCCAAGUUCAUCGACUUCCAUUUGGAGCCCUCGAUCAUACUUCAGGUUGGCAUGCCUCAAUCUACCCACAAUGCUUCAGAUCGGUCAGCAGACAGCACUUGCUCAAACAUUAGAGGCCCUCUCGAUCGAUAUCUGCUGCUUAUUGGAAACUCGCCUGCAAGACUCGAGCUCUGUGCUCAUUUUGCAAUCCCCUUCUGGUGACACCAGCAACAGUUUCUCAUUGCGCCCAUCCGGUAACGAUGCAGCUUCGAGCACCGGCCAAGCUGGUGUUGGUAUUGCCCUGAGUCCCCGGGCUGGAGCUACUCUGCUUGACUGGAUUCCGCUUAGUAGCCGGUUGUGUGCGGUCCGCUUGGCUGGCUCGUUCAAAUCUUCGAAGGCACGUGUGACUAACAGGUAUCUAUUCGUUAUCGCUACCUAUGCACCGACAAAAUCUAGCGAUGACUCGGUACAAUACGACUUCUAUCGUCAACUGAAUGAGCUCUUUAGCCACAAAAGCUCGCACACUGUAGUGCAGGCUGGGGAUCUGAACGCUCAAUUUGGAAAAUUAUCCACUGAUGAGCUGCAUCUGGGCGGCCAACAUGGUAUAGGCUCCCGUAUUGAUAACGGUGAGCGGUUACUUCGUUUGUGUGAAGAUGCUCGCUUAUUUUUUUCGCUGGAACUUAUCGAUGCUCGCCGGCAUAUUCCGAAUGGAAGCGAACACAAUGAAACUCGCAAGGAGCUCCAGGCAAAACUCCGUGGUAGCCUGAAGGGAGACCGCGAAUCCUUGUGGUUUCAUCGUGAAUUUGAUAGGGAAAUGGCCACUGCUCUUGAUAACCAUCGUAAGUUAUUCCGUCUGGUACGGGAAACGGGCAGCAGAAGACCUGGUGUUAGUGAAACUAUACGUGACGAGAGUGGACAGCCUAUCCACAACUUGUCAAAACGCUUGGAGCGUUGGGCUGAUCACUUUGAAAGGCAAUUUAAUCGGUCGGAAUUGUUAGAUUUCUCGCCGUCCAGUGAUCACCCCGCUCCCUGGGAUGUCCCUUUGGAUCCACUCUCGCUCAGAAGUCGAACGUGA